AGACAUCUUCCGGUUCAAAAGAAGAGUUCCCCUCUGUUGCACAGAGCCAGGACGAUUGGCAAAGGAGGGGUGUUCGCUGUCCUGUUGAGCUCCUCCUAGUGUGUGCACCAUGGCGAGCCUCCUACGCGCUGUGGCGACCAGCUGCUCGACCCCUGUGUUCAGCGGAGUUUCCCAUGUAAAGCUGCAGAGCGGCGGUGCUAUCAAAGCGUCAUGCCUCCGCUUUUUUAAGACCUAUCAAGCUCUCGGACGAUGUGCCAGUAGUCCAGGUAUUGCAUACAAACAGCUCACAGUUGGCAUCCCCAAAGAAAUCUUCCAGAAUGAACGUCGUGUGGCGAUUUCUCCCACUGGCGUCCAGGCGCUCAUCAAACAGGGCUUCAAUGUCGUCGUGGAGACCGGCGCCGGAGAGCCUUCAAAGUUCCAUGAUGAACAGUACACCCAGGCUGGAGCAACAAUUAAAGACACUAAAGAUGUUUUGGCAUCUGAUGUGCUGGUUAAGGUUCGUGCGCCCAUUUUCAACCCUGAAUUGGGUGUCCAUGAGGUGGAGAUGAUGAAGGAUGCGGCCACUUUAAUCAGCUUCAUCUACCCAGCUCAGAAUCCUGAGCUAUUGGACAUGCUGUCCCAGAAGAAGGCCACAGUCGUGGCUAUGGACCAGGUGCCCCGAGUCACCAUCGCCCAGGGUUACGAUGCACUGAGCUCCAUGGCAAACAUCGCAGGGUAUAAGGCAGUUGUGUUGGCAGCUAAUAACUUUGGUCGCUUUUUCACUGGACAAAUCACAGCAGCUGGGAAAGUGCCACCUGCAAAGGUUCUGAUCAUUGGAGGGGGCGUGGCUGGAUUAGCUUCCGCUGGUUCUGCCAGAUCCAUGGGAGCCAUUGUCAGAGGAUUUGAUACCAGAGCUGCAGCUUUGGAGCAGUUUAAAUCUCUGGGCGCAGAGCCGCUGGAGGUGAACAUUAAGGAGUCAGGAGAUGGCCAGGGAGGCUAUGCCAAGGAAAUGUCAAAGGAGUUCAUCGAGGCAGAGAUGAAGCUAUUUGCCAAGCAGUGUCUGGAGGUGGACAUCAUCAUCACCACUGCUCUGAUCCCUGGAAUGCGUGCACCCAUCCUGAUCACCAAACAAAUGAUCGAGAGCAUGAAAGAUGGGUCCGUGGUGGUGGACUUGGCUGCUGAGGCCGGUGGAAACAUUGAGACCACAGUACCUGGAGAGCUGACCGUACACAAGGGUGUGACCCACAUCGGCUACACAGACCUGCCCAGCCGUUUGCCGACACAGUCCAGCACCCUGUACUCCAACAACAUCACUAAGUUGAUGCGGGCCAUCAGCCCCAGCAAGGAGAACUUUUUCCUUGAUGUCAAGGAGGUGUUUGACUACGGGACCAUGGCUCAUGUCAUCAGGGGAUCCGUUGUCAUGCAGGAUGGAAAGAACCUGUUCCCGGCUCCCCGGCCGAACAAUGUGCCCGUUGCAGCUCCUCCUAAACUCAAAUCCAUCCAGGAGCAGCAGAAGGAGAAGGCUGCCCAAAUCACCCCCUUCAAGGCUACACUCACUACUGCUGGCGUGUACACUGGAGGUGCUGCCACCCUACUGGGUCUGGGUCUGGCAGCUCCCAACGCCGCCUUCACUCAGAUCGUCACCACCUUCGGCCUGGCCGGCAUUGUGGGAUACCACACGGUGUGGGGAGUCAGACCUGCUCUGCACUCUCCACUCAUGUCCGUCACCAACGCCAUCUCAGGUCUGACGGCUGUGGGUGGUCUGUCCCUGAUGGGAGGCGGCUACACCCCAACAUCUACUGCUGGGACACUGGCUGUGCUGGCGGCCUUCAUCUCCUCGGUCAACAUUGUUGGUGGUUUCCUGGUGACGAAGAAGAUGUUGGACAUGUUCAAGCGUCCCACUGAUCCUCCAGAGCAUAACUACCUCUAUCUGCUUCCUGGCGGUGUCUUUAUCGGUGGCUACGCUGCGGCUCUGCACUCUGGAUACAACAUUGAACAGAUGAUGUACCUGGGAUCGGGUCUGUGCUGCGUCGGCGCCCUGGCUGGCCUUUCCAACCAACGCACAGCCCGUCUGGGUAACGCGUUGGGUAUGAUGGGAGUCGCGGGAGGGAUCAUCGCCACUCUGGGUGCCCUAAAACCAAGUCCGGAGCUCCUGGCACAGAUGAGUGCAGCCAUGGCUGUAGGUGGUACUACCGGCUUGGUCAUUGCUAAGAAGAUCCAGAUCACUGAACUGCCCCAGCUGGUGGCGGCCUUCCACAGCUUGGUGGGGAUGGCUGCCGUGCUCACCUGUGUGGCGGAAUACAUGAUCGAGUACCCCAACUUUGCCACUGACCCUGCAGCCAACCUCACCAAGGUAGUCGCAUACCUCGGCACCUACAUCGGAGGAAUCACUUUCAGUGGCUCUUUGGUGGCUUAUGGCAAGCUGCAAGGUUCUCUGAGCAGUGCUCCACUGGCGCUCCCUGGUCGUCAUGCUCUGAACGCCACUCUUAUGGCAGCCUGUGUUGGCGGGAUGAUUCCAUACAUGCUGGAUCCCAGUUACAUCACAGGCAUCACCUGUCUUGGAUCUGUGUCUGUUCUCUCUGCUGUCAUGGGUGUCACCUUGACGGCAGCUAUUGGAGGCGCUGACAUGCCGGUGGUCAUCACCGUACUGAACAGUUACUCGGGCUGGGCCCUGUGCGCCGAGGGCUUCCUGCUCAACAACAACCUGCUGACCAUCGUCGGAGCUCUCAUUGGGUCGUCCGGAGCCAUUCUGUCCUAUAUCAUGUGUGUGGCUAUGAAUCGCUCACUGGCUAACGUGAUCUUGGGAGGCUAUGGCACGUCUUCCACUGGCACAGGAAAACCCAUGGAGAUCACCGGGACACACACAGAGGUCAACGUGGACCAGACCGUCGAAAUGAUUCUAGAAGCUCAGAGCAUAAUCAUCACUCCAGGUUAUGGACUCUGUGCCGCAAAGGCCCAGUACCCCAUUGCUGAGUUGGUGAAGAUGCUUCAAGCUGCUGGCAAGAAUGUCAGGUUUGGUGUUCACCCGGUGGCCGGCCGUAUGCCUGGUCAGCUCAAUGUGCUGUUGGCUGAAGCUGGUAUCCCGUACGAUAUGGUGCUGGAGAUGGAGGAGAUCAAUGAGGACUUCAAAGAUACGGACCUGGUCCUGGUGAUCGGUGCCAAUGACACGGUAAACUCAGCCGCCCAGGAAGAUCCCAACUCUAUCAUCGCGGGUAUGCCUGUCCUGGAGGUCUGGAAGUCUAAGCAGGUGGUCGUGAUGAAGCGUUCCCUGGGUGUGGGUUACGCAGCUGUCGACAACCCCAUCUUCUACAAGCCCAACACUGCAAUGUUGCUCGGCGACGCCAAGAAGACUUGUGAUGCCCUGCAAGCCAAAGUGCGCGAGUCCCAGAACGAGUAAGGCGGGCGCCUCCACUCGGAGCACACAUGGCGCGAGGAAGGUGGAAGACGAUGAGUCGAUCUUGUUCCAAAAAAUAUCUCCGCAUCAAGAUGAUUUUUGUCCGUUUGUGACUCCGCCAAUUGAGCAAAGAUGAUUUUAAAGUGCUUGGCUCGCCCUUCCUUACAUCUAUUAAUAAAAGAAAUUGCAAAGUUUGCUGGAAAAAGAACCGCUUGUGCAAUCGGAGCCACGCUAUGCAGAUAUUGAAGUUUUCUAUUAGUGUCCCCACUGUGGUAAUUACUCGGAGACAGAUUUACAGGCAUAACUUUUAUUUCUAGAUAUUAAAGGAAGGAUGUAGUCUGGGGAGCAACCGACUCAUCUUUUUUACAGACACUUAUAUUAAUGUAAAACAACAAUCAGAAAUGUAAAUGCACGCAAGUUCAAUUUCAGUUGGGAUGUUUAGGAAAUAGUUGAUUUCAAGCAUUUUAGAUGAACUGUAAUUUAAAAAGGAACAAAAGCAGAGAUAUGAAGGUGAAACCCGAGAGAAAGGUAUGAGAGUUGAUCACUGUUUUUCCACACUGUUAACUGUUUUCUGCAAUUUUCUUAUAUCGUACGGUAGUCUGGUGUUCCCCUUUUUAUUUACAGCUGGGUCCAUUUGCUGAAAUCCUUGUGUCUAAACCUUUUCUGUACAAGUAAAAAGAAAAAAAGCAGAAUAGUUUAACACUUUUGUAAAGUUUGUUUGAUUAAAUAUUGUACGUUAAUUAGAGAUUUUUGUAUUCGGUCUAAAAAAUGUCAUAAACCUUGAAAUCCUGUUUUUGAAGCCAGUGACAGAAAUCUAGUCAUGCUGUUUUCUUUUUUUCUUUUCACUUCCUCGUGUCUUGUGACCUCCACCUUUUGCCUCGAGUGCACCCACCACACACACACGGCUUCAAACAGAUUAAAGCGCCAUUCAGACCUCUUCUAUCAAGCAUUUGAUACAAUAAACCAUAUUGAUCUGACCUUUUUUGAAGUAGGACACCACAGCGGUCAUAUAAGGACAGACUGAACAACUCCUCCACGCAAACCCUCUUUAUCAUGGCUGAAUGGAUUUAAUGAUGUUUCUGAACCAGGUGCAUCGCAUCAUCCUGUGUGGCUCUGAUGUCACAGUACACUUGAUGCUCGCCUUUGGCCUUUACGGUAAAGCAGAGUGAUUGUUGUUUUUCUGAAGUGAAUGUGGCUCCAUCCACUGCAAUAUGUGUGUCCUCAUUAUUUUUCGAGAGGGAAAUGAAGGAUCACUGUUUGUAAACUAGGGCCAGAUGUUAAACUGACUGUUGUGCAAAGAGUCACAAGUAACGUUGCACUUGCUUCAUGCAAUUAUUGUAGCCACAUUUCAGAAAAGAUGGAUUCUUCAACAUUGUUAUGAAGCAUUUCUAAAUUAAAAUUGUUGUCUUUUUUUUUUACAUUUGCCAUGAACAUAAACUUGUGCCAUAAUGUCCCCCUUUACUCUCAAUCUGGUUCGAAUCUACGGCACAAAUAUUAAUGGAUUAGUUGUUGACCACUUGAGUAGUUUUGAAAGAUCACUGACACAACGACAGUAUCUCCCCCGCUACACCUAACUAUCUCAUAACUACAACACCAGACAUGUAAUCCAUCAAGGUUUGAUAAUUUAUUUAUUUUUAAAUACGGCUUCCAUCCUUUAUUACUUUUUACAGUUUUGAUGACCGCGAUCCAGUAGAUGAAAUUGAAGUUUUCCUGGCACACGGUUUGAAGAAAGAGAUCAUUAGGUGACCGGUCAGCACUCGUCAUGACUAUUAUAAUCUCAAAGUGCUGUAAGGAGUUAGUUGUUAUAGUUUCAUUUUGGGACCUGAUAUAUUAAUCAUAACAACUAUCCUACCUCUCCAUAAAAAGAACAAUAACUUUACAGAGGACCCUCAUCUGGCCAAUCACAUUUGACAAACACCAGUCAUUUUCAUCCACACCUGAAUUCAAACACUCAGCUCUCAUGUUUCCUAAACCUGACCAGUUGCCUCCUGUUGUGUGUUCUCAUAGUUUACUGAAUGUUAUGCAAGUGUAGAGCUGCAGAUGUCAUUAGCGCUCAUGAGGGGCUUUUGUUCUUCCAGGUCAAUUUACACAAAUGCAUUUUUUAGGGACUAUUUAAUUGAGACUUUGCUUAAUAUUUGUUGUCGCCUGUUGCCAUUUUUGAGGUAAUGAUCAAAUUAAUUGAGAUAGAGAAUAUUAUUAGUUUUGCCAAUGUCCCCCCCCCCCCCCCUUCCGACCUUACCUUUUUUGUCUUGACGUAUUUUUGUAAAGAGGCGUCAUGUGUCCAAUGGGGUUUUGAGGUUGUACAACGUUUCAGUGCACCGUGUUGGGGAGAUGAAAAGUACUGUGAAUGUGUUUCUCCUUUUGUUUGUGGAACAUGUUCAUUCCUAAUAAACCUGUAGUUACACUAGAA